UCCUUCGCGUGCUUGCUGGAGGAAAUGAAAAAAUGUGGCGGAAGCCUUAAAGUGCAUUAUUAUUAGACCAAGCUGUUACGUUAAGCGACGGGGAUGCGGGAAAAGAACGUUUCUAGAUGACCUGUUUUUAAAGGCAUUUGAUAACCUGGAGGGAGUCCCCAAAGCUGUAAAAUGUUUGGACACUUUUAGACCUCUAGCAUCCCUUCACAGGAGCCCUGGUGGCGCAGUGGCUGCACGCUGGGCUGCGACCCGCCAGGUCAUCAAUUCAGAACCACCAGGCACUCUGGAGAAAAGGCUUCCUAGUCCCGUACAGCGUUACAGUCUUGGAAACCCUACCUCCCCUGCCCUAUAGGGUGGCUUUGAGUUGGCAUUAGAUGACAGUUAGUGAGAGCAUCCUUUACAAUUGCAAGGAAACUAGCAAAUAUCUUAAUCUUGUUAAAUGUUUAUAAAUAAUGUAUAGAUUUAUAAAAAUUACAUAUAUUUCCAUCCUGUAAGGCUCCAGAAAUGUUGGGGGGUUAUUCUCUAUUGUGGAAUGCUUAUCUUUGAUUGAAUUAGAAGUAAAAUGCGUAUGCAUGUGAAACCAGAAUGGUUUUGCCUUUCUUCCCUGUCGCAAUCACUGGAAAACCUGCCGUUAGAAGUCGAAGAUCAUUAUAGUUGUGUAGGUGUAAUUUGCCAUAUAAAUGCCUUCCCAAGCUCCCUAAAGUUCUCUUCCUAAUGUUUUUGUAACAUGUAGACUUAUCUGCUGCCAAGGAUGUUUAGAUUGUCAGUGAAAUGACUCUUCAGGAAUUGGUACAACAGGCCGCUUGCCUUUAUUCGGAUAGAAUAGCCGUAUGCUUCGAUGAGUGUAACAACCAACCUCCAAUUUAUUGCAACUAUAAAACUCUGGUUAAAACUGCUUCAGAAUUAUCACAUUUUCUACGAUUAAACUGUGAUUUUGAAGGAAUUCAGGAAGUUGGUCUCUACUGUUAUCCUGGGAUAAACUUACCCUCUUGGAUUUUAGGAAUCCUUCAAGUCCCUGCUGCUUAUGCUCCUAUUGAUCCAGAUUCACCACCAACAUUAUCAACUUAUUUCAUGAAAAAAUGUAACCUCAAGUAUAUCCUUGUUGAUAGAAAGCAAAUUGAUAAAUUUAUUUCUUCCUAUGAUACCUUGAACUCUGACACAUUCUCAGUAGAGCAUAAUGGCCUGGUGCUCGUGAAACUUGGCUGGAAGAAUACGGAGGCAAUUUUGAGGCCAAGCGAUGGAAAAGAGCAACAUGAAAAAGAAAAUAUCAAAAACAGCAAGAGUUCUGGAAACUGCAGUGAAGGAAAUUCAGAAGGAUGCAUACAUGUGAGGCUAAAGGAUUGCUUAGCUUAUGUUCUACACACAUCAGGGACCACAGGUCUACCUAAGAUAGUCAGAGUGCCUCACGCAUGUAUAAUACCAAAUGUCCAGCAUUUUCGGGUCCUUUUUAAAAUCACACAAGAAGAUGUUUUAUUUCUGGCUUCACCUCUGACCUUUGAUCCUUCUGUUGUGGAAAUAUUUGUUGCUUUAUCAAGUGGUGCCUCUCUGCUUAUUGUACCAAAUUCUGUCAAAAUGCUCCCGUCAAAACUAGCUGCUGUUCUCUUUGCCCACCACAGAGUGACUGUUUUGCAGGCAACACCCACACUGCUUAGAAGAUUUGGGUCUCAGCUUAUCAAGUCAGCCGUCUUGUCAGCCAGUACUUCUCUUCGAGUGCUGGCCCUAGGCGGUGAAGCCUUUCCCUCGCUGACCGCCCUCAGAAACUGGAGAGAAGAAGGCAAUAGAACACAGAUAUUUAAUAUCUAUGGUAUCACAGAGGUAUCAAGCUGGGCAACCUUUUACAGGAUUCCGGAGAAGAUGCUUAACUCUACUCUGCAAUGUGACUUGCCUGUACAACUGGGGUUCCCACUGCUUGGAACAGUCGUUGAAGUCAGAGACGCUAAUGGUUUCCCAAUUCAAGAAGGCGAUGGCCAAGUAUUUUUAGGUGGCAGAAGCCGAGUGUGUUUUCUUGAUGAAGAGAUGACAGUCCCGCUUGGCACAAUGCGAGCCACUGGAGACUUUGUGACUGUGAGAGGCGGAGAGAUGUUUUUUCUGGGACGAAAGGACAGUCAGAUCAAACGUCAUGGCAAACGUCUUAAUACUGAGCAUGUGCAACAGGUUGCUGAAGGUCUUCAGCAAGUGGAGUCGUGUGCAGUGACAUGGUGUAAUCAGGAAAAGUUAAUUCUGUUUGUGGUCUCCACAGAAGAUGUAGUAAAAGAUGAUCUCUUUAAAGAACUUCAGAAAUAUCUUCCAAGUCAUGAGAUCCCAGAUGAGCUUCUAUUGGUUGAUGCACUGCCAUUAACAUCUCAUGGCAAAAUUGAUGUUCUGAAGUUAAACAAGAUUUACUUAAAUCAAAUGAAUAUGAAGUCUGAUUGUAAGCUCAGUGAAAAAGAGGAACUUUGGGGAAAAUUACAGUAUUUGUGGAAGUCCAUUCUCAGUCUUUCAGAAGAGCCUGUGCAGAUCCCUAAAGAGUCCUUGUUCUUACAAAGUGGUGGAGAUUCCUUAAAGUCUAUACGGUUCCUCAGUGAGAUUGAAAAUCUGGUUGGGACAUCAGUGCCAGGGCUUCUGGAAAUUAUUCUUAGCAGCUCCUUUUCAGAGAUUUACAAUCACAUCCUUCAAACAGUGUUUCCAGAUGAAGUCCUACCAGGGAGCAGGAGAUAUGCCACAAAAAGGAAAUACAGUGACACACAUCAAGAGGAGAGCGGCAGGAAACCUCGACGUCAGCAAGCUGACGCGUCCUUAAACUGUGGCUGUGACUUCUGUGCUUUUACUGCACUCAGCAGAGGGGGUCAGACGCUGACUCGGCAUGGCACCAGGCUUUUCACUAGAUCAGCACAGUGCCCCUCACCCCGUUCUUCUGAUGUAACUUCACAGAUUCAUAUGCAAAGUGUGAAUCCUCUGCCUAUUGUUGAGAAGUCCGAGAAGCCUGAAACAGGGGCUGAGAAACUGGAGUUAAGUGUGAGGUGGAAGGCAGACACAGGCAAAUGUGUCGAUGCUUCCCCUCUGGUUAUAGUACCAGCUGUCGAUAAGUCAUCUGCGACUGUGUACAUUGGCUCCCAUUCUCAUAGAAUGAUGGCAGUGGACCUUUAUUCUGGGAAGGUGAAAUGGGAACAGAUUUUGGGAGAUCGAAUUGAAUCCUCAGCAUGUAUAUCUAAUUGUGGAAAAUUUAUUGUUGUAGGCUGUUAUAAUGGCUUAGUUUAUGUUCUGAGAAGUGAUAGUGGAGCAAGACACUGGAUUUUUCCCACUCAGGAUACCAUCAAAAGCUCUGCAGCCAUGGAUCCAAUCACAGGCCUCCUGUACAUCGGAUCUCAUGACCAACAUGCAUAUGCCCUGGAUAUUUACAAGAAGGCCUGUGUUUGGAAGUUGAAAUGUGGCGGUACCCUGUUUUCUUCUCCUUGUUUGAGCCCAAGCCCACACCACUUAUAUUUCGCUACACUGGGCGGACUGUUAGUGGCUAUAAAUCCUGUCACUGGGGACAGAAUUUGGAAACAUUUCUAUGGAAAGCCUCUCUUUUCUUCUCCACGGUGCUGCCUACAAUAUGUGUGCAUCGGCUGUGUAGACGGGGAGUUACUCUGCUUUACUCAUUUGGGAGAACAGGUUUGGCAGUUCUCUACCGGUGCACCAAUCUUCUCAUCCCCAUGUAUCAUGGCAUCAGAACAAGAGAUCAUUUUUGGUUCUCACGAUUGCUUUAUCUACUGUUGUAACAUGAAAGGGCAACUCCAGUGGAAAUUUCAAGUGACUUCAAGGGUGUACGCAACACCAUUUGCUUUUCAGAACCACCGUUCUAGUGACCAGACGUUGCUGGCAGUAGCAUCUACCGAUGGGAAGUUGUGGGUCUUGGAAUCGAAGAGUGGACAAUUGCAAAGUGUGUAUGAACUUCCUGGUGAAGUCUUCUCUUCUCCUGUGGUCUGGGAAUCAAUGCUUGUUAUUGGGUGUAGAAAUAAUUAUGUUUAUUGUCUGGAUUUAGUGGGGUAGCAAUGAAAAAUUAUCAGGUGUAGUGCUUACUGGUUAUAUAAAAUGUCUAAAAAGAUUAUUUUAGAAUUUUAGAGCUAUGUAGAGAGCCUUACAUUAAAUUUUAUUAAACAUUUACUGUAUUUUAUUGAAGGACAACUAUAUUUUGUUUCCUCUGGGAGCUCUUAGAGUUGUUAAAAAUGAGUUAUUCAGAGAACGAACUACAUCAAUUUAUUUCAUAGCAUUUUCUUUUAUUUAGGCCGUCGAUAUUCUAAUUUUCUAACUGAAAAAAGAUGAAAUAAAGUCAUCUUUUUAAAGCUCCUUGCAGGGAAGAAAAAGGUCAGGUGUAUAAUGGGUUAAAAGCUUUAUCAUGUUAUGUAACAUGCCAUUUACUGUUUACACUGCGAUUCAUUACAAAAGGUUUUCAAACUUAAGAUCUGUUUAUUGAAUUGGGCUCCUCCUUUGCACUUUGACGUGGACAUGGUGCCAAUAUAGAAUAAAAUAUUUAUACUUUUCAA